AUGGACAAGAGCGGCGGCGGCGCAGCUCCGACCGGAUGCUACAAGUGCGGUCGGCCGGGUCAUUGGUCUCGAGACUGCCCUUCAGAUCCCAGCACCACCAACAACAACAACGAAGAUCUCGAGAGUAAUCCAAACGGGUCGGCUAAUUAUUCCAAUAAAAAUUUCAAUUCAUGGAAGAAUAGUACUCCAAAGUCCGCUCCUGAAGCAGAGAAGCCCAAAACGCUUCGUAAACCCAGGCCUACCCUGACCCCAGAUCUCCUUCUUUCAAAUGAUGGAAUUGGCCACAUUCUCCGCCAUUUCCCCCGCGCUUUCAAAUACCGGGGCCGCGGUCAUGAGGUUAGUGAUCUUGGAAACCUGCUUGGCAUGUAUGCAGAAUGGCACUCUCAUUUACUACCAUAUUACUCCUUUGAUCACUUUGUGCAUAAGGUGGAGCAAGUUGGUGCUAAAGUUCGUGUCAAGAAAUGUCUCCGAGAAUUACAAGAGAGAGUUGCUAGUGGAGUUGACCCAGCAAAGUUGCACGAGUCUCAAAAUCAAGAAGGCAUCUCAAACCAUGAUGAAGUGAGAGAAGCAGUGGCCUUGGAGAUGCAAAAUACUCAGGAGGAAGUAGCCUUUAUGCAAAAUCCUGAUACUGAUAUUCAUGAGGAAAGCAACUUUGAUGACAUUUUUGGAAAUGCCAUGGAGGACUCUUUGGAGCCUGCAAACUACCAUAUAGCUCCAGCCAAUGUGUCUUCGGUUAACAAUGAGCCGCCAAAUAAAAAGAUUACUGGAGCUGCCAUGACUGAAGAACAACGAGCUCGCAUGAUUGCAAGCAGAUUGAAGGCACUAGAAAAAGCUGCCGCACGAGCACAGAAACUACAAGGAACCUGA